AUGACUUUGGCCAACUUUGACGCUACCUUGUACCGCGACUACGUCUUCACACGUGUUAUUCCCGCUAUCAAGGAGUUUCCGAGUACUCACAAGCAUGUCAUUCUCCAGCAGAAAAACGCGACGCGCCAUGGCGCCAUCACAGACAAACUCUUGGCGCAUGUGUCGUUCGACGGAUGGCAUUUCGUUCUUCGCCGCGAGCCACCUAACAGUCUAGAUCUAAAUGUGUUAGAUCUGGUCUUGUUUUCGUCGAUUCAAGCUCUACAAUACACGCCGGUGAGUCGCAUGAUCGAUGAUGUGGCACAAGCGACCUUUGUUACAUUCGACCAACAAGAAGUCGAGAAGCUGCAAAAUGUGUUUCUGACAUACCAGGAUGUGAUGAAACUUGUGCUGGAACAUCAUGAAGACAACCAAUUUCGCUUACCUCGGAUGGGAAUGGAUGCUUUGCGACGAGCUGGGACCCUCAUGGCGAAUGCGUCCUGCCCUGCGGCGCUUGUGAUCUGA